AUGCAUCUCCAAAUCUUCCUCCAAGUUCUGCUCCUAGUCGCCCUCUCCGCUCCUGCCUCCACCAUCCCCUCUUCUUAUCCCUCCACCCCAACUUCAAUUGACAAGCCGAACCUCAACCCCCGUCUCUCCUGGGACGACAUCGUCAACGGCGCCAAGAGUUUGUACUCGCAAGCCAUGGCCACCCCUACAAGCACCACCAUCGAGGUCCCCUCAAGCACCUCAAGCACCUCGCCAACGGCAGCAACCCAUGAAGAUCAGGGGGAGAGCGAUGAGUACGAUAACAACGAUGAUAAUACCCAAUUCAAGGGUAGCAACGGCUUGAAAAAUAGGAGUAAUAUCUUGGAGCGGCGGGGAUUGUUAGCGGGAGCCGGGUUUGGGUUGGUUGUUUUGGGGUUGUAUGGCUGA